CGAAUAGGAAAGAAAGCGCCGCGAGAACGCGAUUGAAUUUGGGCCCCGCCGCUACCCGUAACUGACGUCUCCAACAUGGCGGCCCCUCAAGAUGUUCACGUCCGAAUUUGUAACCAAGAAAUUGUCAAAUUCGACCUGGAGGUGAAGGCGCUUAUCCAGGAUAUUCGAAACUGUUCAGGACCCUUGAGUGCACUUACAGAACUGAAUACUAAAGUGAAAGAGAAAAUUCAACAGUUACGACACAGAGUACAGGAGCUUGAGCAGUUGGCUAAGGAGCAAGACAAAGAGUCGGAGAAACAGCUUCUGCUCCAAGAAGUGGAAAAUCACAAAAAACAGAUGCUCAGCAACCAGACUUCAUGGAGGAAAGCCAAUCUCACUUGCAAAAUUGCAAUUGACAAUCUAGAAAAAGUAGAGCUUCUCCAGGGAGGAGACCCCUUAAGACAAAGGAAAACCACCAAAGAGAGCCUGGCCCAGACAUCCAGCGCCAUCACAGAGAGCCUCAUGGGGAUCAGCAGGAUGAUGUCGCAGCAGGUCCAGCAGAGCGAGGAGGCCAUGCAGACUCUAGUCAACUCUUCCCGAACUAUCCUGGAUGCAAAUGAAGAAUUUAAGUCCAUGUCAGGCACCAUCCAGCUGGGCCGGAAACUCAUCACGAAGUAUAACCGCCGAGAGCUGACAGACAAACUUCUUAUCUUCCUCGCUUUAGCCCUAUUUCUUGCUACUGUCCUCUAUAUUGUGAAAAAGCGCCUCUUCCCAUUUUUGUGAGAUCUGAGAGUUGCCACCUGUGGCCUCAUCAGUCCUGCUUUCCAGUCUGUCCAGGAUCUGAGCUCUGACCAACCUGCCAAACUGAGCCACAUCCUCCACGAAUGCUGCAGCUGCUCAGCGAGUCAGAUGGAAGGAAACAACUCCCCAGUCUUCUGCAAGUGGACGCCUUGCAAAGUACAAGCAGAGCUGUGGGAAACAAGGACCUUACAGGACCCAGGGACUCUAAACUCAUCCAGCCUUUGGGCCCUCGGGGUAGCUGCUGCGUGGGGCACCUGGAGUCCAGCCCUUGAGAUGUGUUGCUCUUUUCUCCUUCACACAGAGGCUUAAGUGCCAGAUGUGGAGGGGAGAGAGAAGAAGCAGGAAGAAGGAAGAACUCUUGGUCAUUCCUUGAAUAAACUUGACUUUAUUUAA